AUGCCACCAGAUCGGCCCCGAAUCAUCCUUGAGAAAUCCAGCACGGUGAGACGCCGAUACCAGCGCAGCGACAAACGGUUCAGAUUCACCGCCGAGCAACUGAAGCGCAUUGAACGCGAGGAACAACGAGAGAAAAAGGCGAAGGAGCUCCGCGAAAAGGAUAAGAAGCGUAUUGCGAACAAAAAGAAGAAAGCCGACGCCGACGCGAAGGCCCGCGAAGAGGCUAGACGACAGGGCUUGCCUGAUCCCACCGCAGGAAAGAUCCCGGCUAGUCAGCCUCUGCUCUCGACAUUCCUCUUCGGUGCAAAGAGACCAUCUCCAUCGGAAGAGCCCAUUAAAGGACCAACACCUGAGCCUUCCCCCCAAUCUUCGCCUGAAUCAACACACGAGCCUACGCCAGAGCCUACACCUGAACCCACUUCCGAGCCUCCACUCGAACCUCCUCACGAACCUCCUCACGAACUUUCACACGAAUCUCCACAAGAGGAUGCGCCCGAGCAUGAAUCCCAGCCUGUAAUUGCAGAGUCUGAACCCCGCAAUGAUUAUGGAAAUACGGAGGCCGACAGCCAAGCCGGGGACACCGAGCCAGACUCAGAUUGUUUUGACGACUUGGACGAAGAAUUGGAGCAAGAGCUUUCUAUUCUCGAGGGUGCAGCCACUCCGAGGGACCCCAACACCCAUAACAUGGGCUUGGAGAAGAACAAAGAGACGCUAGACACAAUUGAUGAUGAUGAUGAAUUCUCCGACUGCUCAGCAUUCGACGACGAGGACAUCCUCAGAGAAGCCGAAGCGGCUGCAGCCACACAAGCGAGCCAUCGCGUAAUAAAGUCUCCAUCCAUAACCUCUGCAUUAUUACAACCAAUCUCGAACGAACCCCCGCAGAAUACCGUGGGCACCAUAACUUCGCUCAGUGAUUCCUUCCGCGACGAUACGGCGGACUACUUAGAAGAUAUCUUUUCGCGAGGAUGUGGUGACUCAUUUGGCGAACUUAUGCAAUUGGGCUCGAAACCUCGACAGGCCCCCAUUUGA